GAGGCCCAGGCUGUUGCGCACUCCUCGCAGGCCGAGAUGAAGACAGCCGCCGAAGCCUUCAAGACCCAGCUUCAGGAGGCCCAGGCUGCUGUGCACUCUUCGCAGGCCGAGCUGCAGGCGUCCAAGGCAGCCGCCCAGUCCUUCCAAACGCAGCUAGAGGAGUCUGCGGCCGAUUUCGCGUCCUGCCAGGCGCUACAACAGCGGCCUGUGCCCCUGCGAGGCCGAGCUUGUGGCCGCCAAGGAGACCAUCGAGGCCCAGUCAGCUGCGGACUCUGCCAAGGCCAUUGCGUCAACGUUGCAGGCUCGAGUUCCACCACU